AUGCUCUUCUCGAAGACGUUCGGUCGGCUGGGUUCCAUCAUCGGCUCUCGGCCGCUUACAUUUUUUAUCGCUAGCCUCGUCGUAUUUGUAUUAUCUAUCGUAUUCCUCUUGAUACUACCUCCAAAAGUUCGACUCAGUUUCGACAAUGGCUACACAACUCCCGAUGCACCCUCUAUACGUGAGCUUCAGACCCAAGUCGACUUUUUUGGAAAUCGAGGUAAACCAUGGUAUAUGGCACUGUUCGCCGAGCCUCGAGACCAAGAAAAGGGUUCCAUGAUAGAAUCCAAUGAAUUUGAUGAGUUUAAAGUGUUUUAUAGGAAUAUCAAAAAGAAUAUUGUUAUACGAACGGAGGGAGAACGCAAUAUUACCUACAUGGAUUACUGCGCAAAUACUUGUGAACUCAAUGAUCAAGUCUUUAAGACUGUCGCACUGGCUUGGUUUGGUAUGCAAUGGCCGGAGACGUCUAUUUUCAUGUAUAAAUCAAAUAUCGGAAAGUAUUUCUUUUUAAGAGAAAUGAAGGGUAAUGACUUGGUCCGUUCUCGUCUAUCGGCCCUUUACUUCCUAUCCUUUAUAAAUGGCUCACAAGCAGCUGACGAUCUACGAACAUACGAAGCAAAAGUGGCAGAGUAA